CAGUAAACGAAUUUUCCGAUAAUGGUGGUGGUAAAAAAUAGGAGAAAACUGAUUUUCUACAAAAUGUUUGUCUAUUUAAGCAAAAAGAUUGCAAUACCCAACAAUGUAAAGCUGAAUUGCAUUGCGUGGAGUAAAGACCAGGGCUAUAUAGCAGUAGCCGGAUCCGAGGGUCUAUUAAAAGUGCUCAAAUUAGAACAAGCGUCCAAUGGUCAGAACAAAGGCAAUCUGGCUGCUGUGUCCAAUUUGUCAAUGAAUCAAACAUUAGACGGACAUAAAGAAGCCGUAAAAGUUGUUACAUGGAAUGAGUCGCAACAGAAGUUGACAUCCUCUGAUGUGGAUGGUGUCAUCAUGGUUUGGAUGCUCUACAAAGGUUCUUGGUAUGAGGAAAUGACCAACGAUCGGAAGAAAUCCACCGUGAACAGCAUGAGUUGGACAUCGGACGGUGCUAAGAUAUGUAUAGUUUACGAAGAUGGUGCUAUUAUUGUAGGCUCUGUUGAUGGAAACCGCAUCUGGGGCAAAGAAUUAAAGAAUGCACACUUAACAAGUGUACAAUGGAGUCCCGAUAAUCGCUUGAUAUUAUUUGGCUUAGCAACUGGUGAAUGCCAUUUGUAUGAUAAUCAAGGAAAUUUUGCGAUGAAGCUGAAUAUACAAUGUGUUUCGUUGAGUCCGAAUCGAAACUUUAGAAUCUCGGCUCUAUGCUGGUUUAGCGGACGCACAUCUUCUAAUAGACCCGUGUUGGCCAUUUGCUUUGAGACGUGUAAGCUGCAAAUUAUGCGCAACGAAAGUGACGACGCGCCCAUAAUCCUCGAUACUGGCAUGCGUAACAUAGACGCCGAGUGGAAUCAUGAUGGCUCCGUUCUGGCUAUUUGUGGCACUCUUAUUGACUACUCUACUUCAAAAGAAUUGAAUCAAGUCAGCUUUUAUUCACCAUUCGGACAUCUACUGCGGACUUUAAAGGUGCCAGGCAAUGAAAUUUCCUCCCUCUCAUGGGAGGGGAAGUCUCUGCGUAUUGCAAUGGCUGUCGAUUCAUUCAUAUAUUUCGCCAAUAUACGUCCGGACUAUAUGUGGUGUUACUUUGAGAAAACAGUCGUAUUUCUGAAUAGGAACAGUAGCAAUUACACGCGUAAUGCCACAACUAAUGUAAUCACUUUCUGGAGUACCAUUUCGAAUCAGAGUUUUUUAAAGGAAGUUGAGCCAGCUUUAGGGAUGGCUGCUUGCAAUGAACAUUGCGUUAUUGCUGUGGAAUGUUUAAACAGUAAUAUGAAAGACAAUACUGUCAGCGGUAAUAAGGACCGAACGCCAAGCGAUGAUAAAUGCUAUCAACUAUUGUUGUGCAACUCUAUCGGGACUACAGUGGAUUCCAAAUAUACCGACAUGAAACCAAAUUUUAUUGGCAUCAAUUCGGGGCACGUAACAAUAGCCUCCUUUGACGAAGUACUUAUCUGGCACUACAGUACGCCCAAGAGCGCCGCUAAUUUACAUGGCGCGAAAACGCGCAAAGAGCAUCGAUUUCACAUAGAUGACACACCGACCGGCGUCGAAAUGGCCAAAGACUUAGUUAUUGCCACCGGUGGCAGCAGUGCAGACAACAAGGGUUACAAGCAGCACGUAAACAUGGAUCCCAUUUGCGCGCUUGCUAUGUCCGAGAAGAUUUUGUUGGUGGCACGCGAUUCGGGUGUCAUAAACGAGUACAGCGUGCCGAAUGUGGCGCUACGAAAUCGUCACAAGAUCAAUGCAAGGCCCUAUAAAAUGGCCAUUAAUUGCAACUCCAGCCGUGCAGCUGUUAUCGAUGAUGCGGGCGUUAUGACUUUGCUUGACUUGGACGAUGAUCGUGAAUCGCAAUUGAACUUCAAUCGUGUUGAACGCAAGGAUGUUUGGGCCAUUUGUUGGGCCAAGGAUAACCCCUUGUUAUUAGCAUUAAUGGAGAAGACGCGCAUGUACGUGUUUCGUGGCAAUGAUCCUGAGGAGCCUAUUUCUUGUUCCGGUUAUAUUUGCGUUUUUGAAGAUUUGGAAAUCACAAGUGUGCUACUCGACGAUAUAAUCAGCGGCGACGAAACGCAGAAUGCCAUUAGCCAUAUAAUACAGUUGCGCGUUAAGUCAUUGCGUGACACCGAUGAUCUGCUGCAGCACGUGGGCCUAGAAGAUGCCAAGCAAUUCAUCGAAGAUAAUCCACAUCCGCGCUUAUGGCGUUUGUUAGCUGAGGCAGCUUUGAAGAAACUAGAAUUGGGCAUGGCGGAGAAUGCGUUUGUACGUUGUGCAAACUACCCGGGAAUACAAUUGAUAAAGCGCCUCCGUAAUAUACCGUCGCCAAUGUUGCAAAAGGCUGAGGUGUCAGCCUUCUAUGGCGAAUUUGAAGAGGCUGAAAAAUUGUACAUGGAUGCAGAUAGAAGAGAUUUGGCAAUCAAUUUGCGUAUUACACUUUGCGAUUGGUUUCGUGCCGUGCAGCUGUACCGUAUGGGUUCCGGCGUUUCGGAUCAACAAAUGGAAACCGCUUGGCGUGAAAUCGGCAAUCAUUUUGCUAGUCUACGUUCGUGGGAAAGCGCAAAAGAAUACUAUGAAAAAUCGCAUCACAUUGAGGGUCUAAUGGAUGCGCUUUACCACCUGGAGAGAUUUGAUGAGCUGGAACAGUGUAUUGAUAAAUUGCCCGAAAAAAGUCCAUUGCUUGCUAAAAUUGCCGAAAUGUUGGCCUCUGUUGGUAUGUGUUCCGAAGCAGUGAAGGCCUAUUUAAAAAUGGGCGACCCCAAAUCUGCGGUAAAUGCUUGCGUCAAUUUGCGCCAAUGGGGUGAGGCGUUGCAACUCGCUCGCAAAUUCGACAUGCCACAGAUUGGUAAUUUGUUGGGCAAGCAUGCAGCACAACUCAUCAAAGAGGAUCGCCUGCCUGAGGCAAUAGAACUACAAAAGAAAGCCGGCCGCUUUUUAGAAGCAGCGCGUUUACUUGGCAAAUUGGCGCAACGUGAAGCGGAUAAGGACUCCAGUAUGCUGCGAGUGAAAAAACUGUAUAUAUUGGCUGCUUUACUUGCCGAGGAGCAUUUGAAGACGUUGAGUACAGCCGAGCUGAGUUACAAAGUAGAUCGCAAUUCAUUAUUGGACACGAUGAGUCCAGAAGAUGCCCACGUCGUUGAACAUAUGUGGCAUGCGGCCGAAGCCUAUCACUUCAUGAUGUUGGCACAACGUCAACUGCGUUUUGGAAUCGUGCACAACGCGGUCGUUACAGCACUUCGCUUGCGUGAUUAUGACGACAUCCUGCCUGUAGAAGACGUAUAUAAUAUUUUAGCGUUGGCUAGUUGCGCAGACAGGUCGUUUGGUACUGCUGCCAAGGCCUUUACAAAGCUCGAAUCGUUGGAAAGUAUACCGGAGCGUAGAACUCAUGAGUACAAAGAGCUUGCCACAAGUAUUUUCUCAAAGUAUGGCUCUGAGGAUGCCAAAGUGGAGUUGGUCAAGUGUUAUGCUUGUAAUGCUCCAGUGCCUGAUAGUUUACCAGCGUGCACAAUUUGCGGUGCCCGUUUUCCAGCUUGUGUUUCAUCAGGAAAACCCAUCACACAACCAACUAGCAAUAUUUGGAUUUGUGGUAUCUGCCACCAUUGCGCUGCGCCAGUUGAGAUCACACGACACCAUACUUGUCCGCUCUGUCACAGCUUAAUAAUAUCAAUGACACUAGAGAUUUAAAGUUUAAAUAACAUACAUACAUACAUG